AUGCCACCAAGAAAGAAGAAUAACAAUUUAGAUUUGGAAAUCUACGAAGAUGAUUCCAAAUACAAACUCAAAGUUGGAGACGAUAUCUGGAUGCCAACAUACACAUCUUCAUCUGCAGAGGAAGGAAGUCAAACUCCCUCUACACCAACAGGAGAACCUUCUUUCUAUUUGGGAAAAGUGAUUUCAAUUGAUGAGUCAAAACAAACAUGUUUGUGUGAAAAUUCAUUGACCAAACAACAAGAAACUCUCAAGUUGAAUACAGUUUGUCCUGCCAAUCCACUCAAAUUAGAUUACUCAGUCGAUAUGGCCUCUUUGUCUCACCUCAAUGAACCAUCUGUACUCCACAAUCUCAAACUGAGAUAUCAACGAGAUGAUAUUUAUACCUAUUCUGGUUUGUUCUUGUUGGCUGUAAAUCCAUAUAAGAAUUUACCAAUCUACAGUCAUGAGGUUAUAAAAAAACAUGCUGGAAAGAGAAGAGAGGAUGUGGAACCUCAUAUUUUCUCUGUGGCUGAUGUUUCAUAUAGACAAAUGUUGUUGAAUGAGAAGAAUCAGAGUAUGUUGGUGACAGGUGAAUCAGGAGCUGGUAAAACUGAAAGUGUCAAAAAGAUCAUUCAAUACCUUGCCACAGUUGCUGGUGCUUCUCAUCAUCACCAAGGAGGUAAUUUGGAGCAAAAACUCUUGCAAACCAAUCCUCUCCUCGAAGCCUUUGGUAACGCCAAAACAUUGAGAAACAACAACUCUUCCCGUUUCGGUAAAUUCAUUUCCAUCGAUUUUGGACUUCAAGGAAUCAUUGUGGGAACUAAAAUUACUCACUACUUACUCGAAACUACACGUGUGUUGAAUCAGGCCAAUGGUGAGAGAAAUUUCCACUUCUUUUAUCAAAUCUUGUCCGAUCCUGAGGCCAGAAACAAGUACAAGUUGACUGGUGGUGUAAAUUCAUUCAAUUAUGUGAAUCAUUCAGGCUGUACAAGUGUUGUUGGAAUUGAUGAUAAGAAAGAAUUUGAAGAUACAUUGCAUAGUAUGCGUGUGAUUGGUAUUUCCGAAGAUGAAAUUGAUUCAUGUUGUAGAGUCAUUGCUGCCAUUCUUCAUUUGGGUAAUGUUACAUUUGUGGAUGUAGAUGAAUUGUCCACUCUUCCAGCAAGCAAUCGUGGUCCAUUGGAAAUUGCUUCUGAAUUAUUGAAGGUCAAUCCUGAUGGUUUGGCAAAGGGCUUUAUGAAACCAGAUAUUGUAACACCAACCGAUCGUAUUGAAACUCACGUCACAGCACUCCAAGCAACCUACAACCGAAAUGCUCUUGUCAAAUCCACUUAUAAUCGUCUCUUUGAUUGGCUCGUCUCACGUAUCAAUGAAAACUUGAUCUCCAAGGAAACCAUCAAAAACUUUAUUGGAUUGUUGGAUAUUGCUGGUUUUGAAAUUUUCGAACACAACAGCUUUGAACAAUUGUGCAUCAACUAUACCAAUGAAAAACUCCAACAAUUCUUUAACCAUCACAUGUUCAAGAAGGAACAAGAAGAAUACUUGAAAGAAAAGAUUGAAUGGACAUUUAUUGACUUUGGUUUGGAUUUACAACCAACCAUUGAUUUGAUUGAGAAGCCUCUCGGUAUUUUGUCUGUGUUGGAUCAACAAACAUUCAUGGCUCAAAAGAAUGAAGCUGGUUUAGUGAGAGAAAUCACCAAGAAUCAUGGCAACAAACCUAUCUUUGAGACGAGCAAAUUCAAUGAACUUGAAUUUACACUCAAACACUAUGCUGGAAAGGUCGUGUACGAUACCAACGAUUGGUUUAAGCGUAAUGUGGAUCCUCUCAAUGAUGAUUGUAAAAAGACCAUGCUCAAAUCUCAGAAUCCAUUCGUGAAGGCUCUCUUCGAUCGACCAUCAGAUCGUGAUGAUGUUCCAAGCGGUGGAAGCUCAAAGAAACAAGGAGGAGGUGGUACCAGAUUCAAGACUGUUGCUGCUCAAUACAAACAACAGUUGAGUGAAUUGAUGGAAUUGUUGGCCAGUACGGAACCUCACUUUAUUCGUUGCAUCAAGCCCAACAAUUUGCAAAAGCCAGGAAUCAUUGAAGAUUACAAUGUACUCCACCAAUUGAGAUGUAACGGUGUCUUGGAAGGUAUCAGAAUUAGCAGAAAGGGUUAUCCAGGUCGUAUCUUGUAUAAGGACUUUGUUCGUCGUUACGAAUUACUCGUUGAAGAUAAGACCAAGUUGGCUGAUAAGAACGCCUCCGAUAAGGAAAAAGCAAAGGCCAUUCUCAAUUAUAUUGAAUUUGAGGAAACUACUCAAUACAAACUCGGUCUUACCAAGGUAUUCUUGAAGGCCUCUCAAGAAGCUGAAUUGGAGUCUCUCCGUGAAGUACAAAUCUCCAAAUACAUCAAUGUGGCACAAGCUGCUGCAUUGGCUGCUUUCGAAAGAGCAACCUAUAGAAAGUUGCAAAGAAGAUUACUCAGUAUCAAGACCAUUCAACGCAACUUUAGAGGCUACAGCAAGUUACGUGAUUGGGAUUGGUGGAGAUUGAUUGGUCUCGUGAAACCUCUUCUCAAGGAAUUUGCUUCUGAAAAACAAACUGAAAAGAUGAAACAAGAAUUGGAUCAACUCAAAGAGAGUCUCGCCAAGGAACAAGAAGAGAAGAAGAAACUCGAUUUGGAGAAACAAAAGAUGGUUCAAGAACGUGAUGUCGCCAAGGAAGCACUCAAAGCUGCUCACAACGAGAUUGAAAAGUUGGCCUCUCAGAAUCGAACUCUUGAGCAAACAAUUUUGGAUAAGGAGCAAAACAUUAAGAACUUGAGAGAUGAUAUCGAGUACAAGACAAGUAAUCUCACAGAUCAAGACAAGAAAUUGAAUGAUUUGUAUGAAGUGGUAAAGACACUCAAUGAGAAGAUUCAUAACUUGGAGGAAGCCAUCCGUUCUAAGGACAUUCAAUUGAAGCAAAAACAACAAGAUAUUGAGAAUCGUGAGGCUGAUAUUGAAUUCUUGAGAAAGAAACAAAAGGAGUUGGAAGGUAAAAUCUCAGAUUUGGAAAAUCGAUUGAUCAUUAGUGGUAAUGAAGUUUCUGCAAGAGAUCAAAAGAUUCUUCUUUUGGAGAGUGAAUUGGAAGAUGAAAAGUCUCGCUUUAGCUCUGAAACCAAGAACAGAUCCCAAAAGGAGGAGGAUCUCAGAAAAUCAGAACAAACCAAUAAGAAGUUGAGACUUGAAAUUGAGCAAGUACAAAAAGAGAAGGAUGAUCUCAGUUUGGAGCUCAACAAGCUCAAACUCGAGAAGAAGAAUGUCGAGGAAGAGAGUGAGAAGAAGCAACGACAAGUCGAAGAUCUCACUAGAAAGCUCGACAGCGUUCAACAAAAUGCUCGUGAAAUUCAAGCCAAGUUGGAUAAUGAGCAACAAUCACUCAAAUCCUCAGAAACAAAGGGAAAGAUGCUCUCGAGUGAUUUGGAGACAGCCAAUGCCAGAAUUCAAGCAUUGACUGAGGAGAUUCGUACUCUCGAGGAAACUAUUGCUACCCAAAAGAGUCAAAUUCAAACUCUCAAUAGCAAGAUUUCCAAUUUGGAAGAAGUUGAAAUUAGAAAUCGUGAUUCACGUAUCAAGGAUUUGGAAAACUCAUUGCAAGAACAAAAGGCAAGAUUUGAAAACGAGGUGAAUAUCAAGAUUCAAGAGUUUAUGAGAUUGAAGAAGCAAUCCGAUCAAGAUCGUCAAGAUGCCGAACAAAUGCAAGCCAAAUUGAACCAAGAAAAGAGAGAUCUCUCUGAAACUGUCAAGAAUCUUGAGAAGGAAAUCAAAAAGUUGAACAAGACCAUUGAAUUGACCAAUAUUGAGAAGAAUGACACUCUUCAGAAGGUUUCCAAAUUGGAUCAAUCCUUGAACCAAGCUGGUGAUGAGAAGGAACGUCUCUCCAGAUUGCUCCAAGACUAUGAGAAUACUCAAAGGCAACUCAGCAACGAGAAGAAGGCCCUUGAAUUUGAUUUACAAACUGCCAAUGAAAAGUAUGCUACUGUUAGUGCUCAACUCGAGAAGGUCACUGCCGAAUUAAACUCUGAAAAGAAUAGAAACUCCAAACUCGAGAGUGAUUUGGAAGAUUUGGAAAGAGAGAAGAAGACUCUCACCGAUCAACUCAAUAAGAGCAAGUCCGAGCUUGAGUCUGAGAAGUCUCUCACUCUCAAAUUGAAGGGCGAACAACAAAAACUGAGCACCGAUCUCGAGAAUCUCAAACUCGAGAGAGGAUCUCUUUCCAAAGAUAAGGACGAUCUCAAGAAUGAACUCUCUCAACUCGGUGCUCGUAUCGAGCAAGCCCUCAAAGACAAAGAACACGAAAGCUCCGAGAAGAUUCAAGCACAAAAGAAGGUUUCUUCUCUCGGAAAGGAGUUGGAUAAGCUCGAACAACGAAUUAAGGAGUUGGAAGCUCAAUUGAAAUUGGAACAAUCCAAUAAGGAGGAAUUGGAGACAACUCUCAAAGCCAAACAAUCCUCAUUGGCUGAAACUACUGAAGAGAUUAAAUCAUUGAAGAUUAAAUUGCAAUCGGUUCAAGGUGAACUCGAAAUUGCCAACUCGAAACUUCAGGAGGAGGCCAACAAGAAUCAACGUUUGAGAAACGAGUUGAAGAAUUCCGAGAGUAAGAACAAGGAAUCCAUGGCUGAGAGAGAUGAUUUGGAGGAUGAAAUUGCCUCUCUCAAUUCUCAAAUCAAUGAAUUGAGUUUGAAACUGCAAGAUGCUGAGAGAAAGACCGUGCAAGAGAUGCGAAACUGCAAACAACUUGAAGAUGAGAUUGAAAACAUUCGUCGUGAUGCUUCCAGAUCUCGUGAGGAUGUUGAGAACGACAAUCGGCAAUUGAAACAACAAAUGUCCACCUUGACUCAACAAAGUGAACAAUUUGGACGUGAAUUGUCAGAUCAACUCAACAAACUCAAACAAGAGAAUAUGAAACUCAAGAAGGAUUUGAAGAAUGCCAAGAGAGAUCAACAAGAAGCCAAUACCGGAGCAGUCGAUUCUCAAGUCGUUGAAACCCUCAAGAGAAAGUAUGAAAUUGACAUUUCCAAUCUCAAGUCUCAAAUCGAUCAAUUGAGUCUUCUCAAACACAAUUUGGAGAAUAAGAACAUUACCAUUGAACAAGAAAACUUGUUACUCAAGUCCAGAUUGGAGACUGAGGAGAAACUCAAGAAGAAGUAUCAAGCUCAAAAGCAACACGCUGAUAAGGAAAUUGAAGAGUUGAGAAGUCUCGCUGAGGAAUCGGAAGACUUGCGAGAUGAAUUGGUGAGACUCCGUUCCGAAUAUCAAUUGACCAUUAGCAAAUUGCAAAGUGCUCUCAAUGAUGAAAAGGAAAGAUACAACGCUUUGGAUAAGACCCUCCAACAAACUCGUAAAGAUCUUGAUUCAGUGAAACUUGAUCUCGUGAGUGAACGUAAAAAGUUGGAUCAAAACAAUGUGGCUGGAAAACAACAUUACGAGAUGGAAAUUGCCAAUUUGAAUCAAUUGAUCCAAGAAUUGAGAAAGGAUAAGGUCGAUUUGAUCAAGCAAGAAAAGAAGACUGCUCAAAAAUUGGCCGAUGUGAAACGUGAACUUCAAGAAGAGCUCUCUCACAAGCAAGAAUAUGAGAAGAAGGCUGCCAAGGCUGAGCGUGAAGCUAGAAUUGCAACUUUGAAUUUGCAAGAGACUGAAACAAGAUACCGACGAGUGGAGAGUGAAAAGAAACGUUUAGAAUUGGAAGACUCUAUGAAUAGAGAACAAAUCAAACAACUCGAGAAUGAACUUGAAAAUUUGAGAAGUCAAUUGAAACAAGAAAAGAUUAAGAAUGCUACAAAGAGUGAGCAAAAGAAGAGAAAGAAUCAAGUGAGAAAGGUUCUCGCUGAUUUGGAGGAAGACUUGAUGAAUUCACGUGACGGUAGCAGUGAAGAAGUUGCUACUGCUGAGCAAGAUGGAGUUGGAUCGAGUGAUGUUGUUGUCGCAGCUGAAAGUACUCAAGAGUAA